AUGAGUGAGAAACAGCUGUUCAUUGAGAUUGCAGAAGAGGAGAUAAUGGCCCAUUUAAUCAUGGGAAGUGUGAAAUGGCAACGUGACACUGGAAAGAGGGGAAGAAAGAGACAAGUGACAAAGAACGACACCAGAGUUAUGGCCAAAGAGCGACAGAAAAACAAUCACAACCUGAUUGAGAAGAGGAGAAGGUACAACAUCAACUACAGAAUCAAAGAGCUGGGAACCCUCAUACCAAAGUCUAAUGACCCUGACAUGCGCUGGAACAAAGGCACCAUCCUGAAGGCCACGGUGGAGUACAUCAAGUGGCUGCAGAACGAGCAGCAACACACCCGAGAGCUGGAGCGCCGACAGAAGAAGCUGGAACAGGCACACCGCAGACUGGCCAGCAUGGCCACCACUCUGGGGUCAGCAGAGCUCUCCACCCACUUCCUUAAACAGGAGCAGGGACCCCAGCCACCACAGCAGCCGCCUCUCUACCCCGAGGAGCUCAACGGCGGGGGGGAAUACCUGCCCCGCACCCCGAUCGCGGGACCUAAACCUGGUGGCGGCGCUGCUGUGACGGCGACUGGGGUGCCUCUCGGGCCCAGCGGAGCGGCUGCAGGUGGCAUGCGCUCGUCGUCAUCACCGUUAGGGGCGACACCUGGGGAGCCCGGCGACUGCUCGACGACCUUCUUGGACCCCCUGUCCCACUUUACGGACUUCUUCAGCGCCACGCUGAAGGGGGAGCCCCGGCUGGAGGAGAUGCUGAUGGACGACACGCUCUCGCCAUUCGGCACCGACCCGCUUCUGUCCGCUGUCUCGCCUUACGCCUCCAAGGGCUCCAGCCGCCGCUCCAGCUUCAGCACAGACGACGACAACCUCUGAUGUCCAAGUC